UGACUGUUGGACCUAUCUGUAGGUAAGGGUAUUGUCCAGCCAGAAGUGGGGGUUGUUUUCCUCCUGGCUGUACUAUUGUAAAUCUUUUGCCAGGCAAUUAUAUUUAUCCAUCCUUCCCAACAUUUUUGGGCUGAGUCUUGGUGUUUUGGAGGUUCUUACAGACACAAGAUUCCCAAUGAUUUUCUGAGAUGAACUUGGGCAAGGAGGGAUGCCCAAUCCAAGGUGGUCUCCUCUUGUCUUUUCCCCCAAACCAGGAUUUUUCAUUCCCAGGGCGUGGCUGAAUGGAGGAGGAGGAAAAGCCCUGGAGAUCCAUCAUGUGGAGCUGCAAACCCAGCCCAGGGAGCUGCGGGGAGGAAAGAGCCCUCCUUAGCCAGGAAGGUGGGUGGAGAUCCAGCCAGAGCUCGGAGCUGGUGGAGAAGCCUCAUGGCAGGGAGAAGCCCCACAAGUGCUUGGAAUGUGGGCAGGGUUUCAGCCAGAGUUCCCACCUGAUCCAGCACCGGAGGAUCCACACUGGGGAGAGGCCCUAUGAGUGCUUGGAAUGUGGGAAAAGUUUCAGCCAGAGCUCCAACCUGAUCCGGCACCAGAGGAUCCACACCGGAGAACGGCCCUUUGAGUGCUUGGAAUGUGGGAAGGGUUUCAGCCAGAGCUCUGGCCUGAUUCAGCACCAGGUGAUCCACACUGGGGAACGGCCCUACGAGUGCUUGGAAUGUGGGCAGGGUUUCAGCCGUCUCUCCAACUUGAUCCGGCACCAUGGGAUCCACUCUGGGGAACGGCCAUACGAGUGUGGGGAGUGUGGGAAGAGCUUCAGAGACAUCUCUAGCCUGAUCCAGCACCAGGUGAUCCACACUGGGGAACGACCCUAUGAGUGCUUGGAAUGUGGGCAGGGUUUUAUCCGGAGCUCCCACCUGAUCCGGCACCAGAGGAUCCACACUGGGGAGAGGCCCUACGAAUGUGGGGAGUGUGGGAAGAGCUUUAGAAACAGCUCUGAGCUGAUCUGGCACCAGGUGAUCCACACUGGGGAACGGCCCUACACCUGCUUGGAAUGUGGGAAGAGCUUUGGGCGGAGCUCAGAUCUUAGAACACACCAGCGCAUCCACACUGGGGAGAGGCCCUACGAGUGUCCCCAGUGUGGGAAGAGGUUUCAUACCAGCUCCAGUGUCCUCCUACAUGAGCGGAUUCACACAGAGGAGAGGCCCUUCCGCUGCCCUGACUGUGGGAAGGGCUUCAAGCGAAACUCCAACCUUACCAUCCACCGUCACAUCCACACCAGAGAGUGUGGGGAGUGCGGGGAGAGCUUCUCCAGGAACGCAGCCUUGACCAGACUACAACAGAGGCAGCACUAAGGGAGGCCCUGUGAGAGCCCAGAGUGAGGGAAGAGCUUGGAGUGAGGGAAGAGAGUGAGGGAAGAGCCUGGAGAGAGGGAAGAGAGUGAGGGAAGAGCUUGGUGUGCUGCUGCAGCUCCAUCCCCCAUGGGAGGAUCUGGGCUGGAUAAUCCCCAGUGAUCCCUGUUAGGCAGAGCCCUUGUGUCCCCUUAUGGGGAAUUAAACAGAGAGUAAAACAUUGGAGCUGAUAAAGGGGCCCGAUAUCUGAGGCUUGACUGAGCAGAAACUGUGGGAGACACAGACACAGUUUAAGUCUCCCUGGGCAAGUAGUGGCCAGGCAACAUGUUGUGAGACUUUGUGAUAAGGUUUCCAGGUGACCUGAUGUCAUGAAGAAUGUGCAACCAAUGGGAAAUUAUUAUCAAAAACAUAUCCCUGUAUAAGCACUGUACAAGUAAAUCCCUUUAUAAACACCUGCUCCACACAAUAAAAUUGGCUCUGGUCUAAACUCUGAUGUCCCCGUCUCUCCAUGGUGGAUUACCCCUGUUGUGGGUGAUCCCUGUUGUGUAGGGGGAAGGUGUUGGAGGGAUUUCUUUCCCUUCUCCUUGUGCUGCCGUGGUUUGGUUGGUAAUAAAUUCCCUCCCUGUGCCCAGGCUGGGUCUGUUGUCCCAGUGGGAUCUUUCCUAUUCCUUCUCUGUACUCCCGAGCCUCUCCUCAGCCAAUCAGAGAAGGCACUCUAAUAAUUGAGCCAAUCAGAGUGCACAGCGCUGAUGACGCCCCAGUUGCCGGCAGUCCCGCAGCACCCAGAUCUCCUCACCUGGACUCCACCCACGCCCCACCCUCGCCCCCAGCACCCUCCACCAGGGCAACUUGGGGAGGGGGAGGUGUCAGACCCUGCCCAGCGCUGGCCAUGGCGUGUGUGGCGGCAGCUGGGGCCCUGCUGGUAGCACUGGAGCCCCCCUUGCUGGGGGCGCAGGGCUUCCAGGUGAGCAGGAGGGGAAGUGUUGGGACGGUGUGUAGAGAAAGGGAAAUGGGGAGAUGGGACCCCCAAACAGAUGUUGGGGGGAGCUGGUGAUUGGGGAGCUCUGGGAAAGUGGGAGGAAAAUAUGGAGAAGGGUGGAAGAGAGGAACUGGGACCGUGGGAAGAAAGGUCCCUUGGUGGCCGUGCGGCACUUGGGCUGCAGAGUCAGGAUUGCCUCAGGACUCUUGGCUACUCUGGGCUGCUGCGGGGGGCACCCCCAGAGCUGUGUCCUGCACACGAAGGGCUGUUCCAGGAGAUGGUUAAGUCUGGGUGUCACUUCAUUAACGGCACUGAGCGGGUGAGGUUGGUGCAGAGGAACAUCUACAAGUGGGAGCAACUCCUGCACUUGGGUGGUGAUGGGGGGCUGUAUGUGGGGGAUGCCUCCUCUGGCGAGAAUGUUGCCAGGUACUGGAACAGCAACCUGGAAUGGAUGGAGCACAGGCUGGCUGCAGUGGACAGGCACUACCAGUAAAAGUACAAAGUGUCCACUGAGGUGAGCAUGGGGCAGAGCAUGUCCCCUUGGGCACUGCCCUGGCAAUGACCUUGGAGCCCCUCAAAACCUCCCUGGGAAUUGACCCACUGCACCCAGCCCACCUUAUGUGGCCUGCUGCCCCUUCACCCCAAGUGACUCUGGUGGUUCUCCCAGUCCAUCCCAGUCUCUCCCAGAGUCGUCACAGUCCCUCCCCAGAGUCCCUCCCAAUUCCUCUCAGUCCAAAGCCAUUCCAUUCCAAGUCUAUCCCAUUCCUUGUAACUCCACUCCCAGACCUCCACCCUCUCUCCCAGUGCCCUCCCAGUCCAUUCAAAAUCCUUUUGAGUCCAAUCACAGACCUCCCCUCUCUUCUAGUCUCCCCCCAUCCUAUCCAAUUUAAUUCCCAGUCCCUCUCAAUCACACCAGCCCUCUCCCAUCUCUCUCAGUUCUCCCCAGCUGAUCCCAGUGUGUUCCCAGACUCUUCCAAGGCCCAUCCCACUGUGUCAAUAUUGCUGGGGCUCUCGAGCUCCCAGCACAACCCUGGCCACUUGCUCUGCCCCAUUAUGGAUUUCUACCCUGCCCACAUCCAGCUGAGGUGGUUCCAGGGCCAGCAGGAGCCCUCUGUGAUGGCCACCAAUGUGGUCCCAAACGGGGACUGGACCCACCAACUUCUGGUGCUGCUGGAAACCCCCCCACUCCCAGGGCGGGGUCACCUGCAGCUGCCAGGUGGAACACGUCAGCCUGGAGCACCCCCUGAGCACAGCCCGGCCCCCACAGCACUGGGGACAAGGAAGGGAGUGUAGAGAGUUUAUCUGAAGAAUGGCUAUGCAGCAAGGGACACGACAGUGUUAAGUUGAUAAGAGUGUGAGAGUACGUGACUUGUAGCAUGAAAACUAUGUCCUUGAGCAACAGAUGUCUCAUAACAACCUUGAGCAACAGAUGUCUCGUAACAGCCAGGAUGUGAAAUUGCUUGGUGCCAUCCGCCCUCCCCGCUGAGCCGCCGAGUAUCACGAUCCCCGGGAAUGGUCACCACAACCCCCCUCACCCACCUCGGGCAACUGCUUCUCUCAGUAGCCAGGAGCCUGUCCCUGGGGCAGAAGCUGACCUCGCGGAGGCCAUGGCCAGGGAGAGACAUGAAAUCUGACAUACGCUCACCCGCGAGGGGAUGGAAAAGGGGGACGCUGAUCUCGUUGCAGCGGCUCAGGAGACCUUAGUGUUUUCGGUCAUUUAUAUGCCUAACCUGCAAGGGGGUGGGCAACAGGCACAGGUGCAAAAUUUAGAUUGGAAAAUGCUGGCCCAGUUGCGUGCCACAGUGGUGAAUUAUGGAGUUUCUAGUGAACCGGUUAAACAGAUGCUCGAUUACAUGUUUAAUGCCCAAGUGCUGUUGCCUGCAGAUGUCAGAGGCAUUGCCAAAUUGAUUUAUACCCCGCAUCAACGACUAUUGUUUGAGGCGCGCUGGAGAGAGGAGGCUGCAUUGAGUGCAAAUCUCCCAAGGGCCCAGGGGGAUGCCUUGACAGGGAUCACGGUUGAUGAACUAAUAGGGCAACGUGCAUUUCUGAGAGUUGAGACCCAAGCAGCUUUAGGACCUGACAAACUCAGGGAAGCUAUGACAGUGGCCAAGAGAGCGAUGGAUAAAGUUAAAACCCCGGGAGGGAUACCUAUAUAUAUGGGAAUCAAACAGGGUAGAGAAGAGCCCCUUGGUGCCUUUGUAGAUUAAGAUCAUGGAAGCAUUGUCUAAAGCGGGAGUAGCAGAUCAUAUGCAAGAUGCCUUGCUAAGACAAUGCAUCCUACAAAAUGGCAAUUCUACCACUAGAGCCUUGAUUAAUUCGACCCCAGGGGAUUGGAGGGUGCAGGACCUAUUAGAAAAGGCUGCCUCUAUGCCGAUUGGCCUCCAGGUGUUUUUAGUAAAUGCCCUGCAGAGAAUAGGAGAGGGAUUACAGGAACAAGCGACAGCCCUGCGUGAGCAAGCUAUUAGCUCUCAGAAUCAGGUCAUGGCAGCUCUUGCUCCCCUCCAAGCGGCAGCCGCACGCCCCCGCUCGACCAACGCUGGCAGCAAUCGAAUGAAGUAUUACCGAUGUGGAAAUGUAGGUCACAUCCGUCGAGAAUGUGGAGCAACUGGAGUAUGGUGCGGAAAAUGCCAACCCAAUACGCACAACUCCACUGCUUGUUGAAGGAAGCAGGGAAACUCAAAGAACAGCGCGAGCAGCGGCCGCGCAUGGACACAAAUGGCAGCUGCACUGUCAGCACCCUCCGACAACUCCAACCAGCAACAACCGGGAGCCUCGGCUUGGACCUGGCAGCCUCAGUAGAUGUUGACAUCCUUUCCACUCAUUUGCAUAAGGUUCCCACUGGACUUUUUGGCCCUAUUUUUAUAAAUGGCCAGCCAAUAGGGGGCUUGAUAAUUGGUCGCUCCUCUGCUACUACUCUGGGUCUGUAUGUUGAGCUGGGGGUUAUUGACUCUGAUUGUAGAAGUGAACUUAUGAUUAUGGUUCAUACUCCGUAUCCCCCCGUGAAAGUACCCAAAGGACAGAGACUAGCCUGAUUGAUUCCGUUGCCUCAAAUGACCAAGGGACUAAUGUCCCUUACACAAGAGCCCAGGAACGAAGGAAGCUUCGGAUCUACGAGGGGCCUAACCUUGCUCACCAUAGACCUCAAUACUCGACCUAAGAAGUCCUGUCGUCUGACUUAUCAAGGACGCAGUAUCACACUUAAGGGACUCCUCGAUAGACGCACUGACUUGAGUAUAGUUGAUCCUGCACACUGGCCUUCCACCUGGCCAAUACAGCCCUCAGCAACCACUGUCACUGGCAUUGGAGGAAUGACGCUGGCUAAUCGUACCCCUGUACUGACAGUCGAGAUUGAAGGAAAACAAGCAUCGACAGCAUUUUCUGUAACAGCACUGCCACCUACUGUUCACUGCCUAAUUGGCCGCGAUAUUCUUGCUCAACUGGGUCUUGUCCUCACUAAUGAUCACCCUUUACAGUAAUGGUCAUUGCUUGGACUUUCCCAUUGCCACUUACUUGGAUUACCAAUGAACCUGUUGUGGUUAAGCAAUGGCCUCUAAAAUGGGAAAGUUUGGAACAGGCAGACCUUUUGGUCAUGGAACAAUAUCAACAAGGACAUGUUAAGCCCUCCACCAGUCCCUGGAAUACUCCAAUAUUUGUGAUCAAGAAGAAAUCCGGAAAGUAUAGGCUGUUGCAUGACUUGAGAGCAGUAAAUAAUCAAAUGGAACCCAUGGGAGCACUUCAACCUGGACUGCCUAACCCAGCUAUGACACCAAAAGACUGGCCCAUCUUUAUAAUAGACCUGAAAGACUGCUUUUUUACCAUUGCAUUGCAUCCUAAUGAUACCAAACGGUUUGCAUUUACGCUUCCUGCCCUUAACCAUGAAGAACCUGACAAAAGAUUUGAGUGGACAGUUCUACUGCAGGGAAUGCGCAAUUCUCCUACACUUUGUCAACUGUAUGUCGAUGCUGCACUACAACCACUACGACAAAAAAUGCCUGCUACCAUUGUUUAUCAUUAUAUGGAUGACAUCCUGCUUGCUCAAAGAGAACCCUUUACAGCCUCACAAUUGAAGAUGCUACAAGGAUCCUAACAGACUUUUCUUUAGUAGUAGCUCCAGAUAAAAUUCAGAUGUCAACCCCUUGGAAGUAUCUAGGGUGGACAAUCACAGAACAGAAGAUUGUGCCUCAAAAAUUGUCCAUACAAAUAUCAAUAACAACAUUGCAUGAGGCCCAAAAGCUUCUAGGUGACCUACAGUGGCUGAAGCCAGUCACUGUUAUCCCUAAUAUCUUAUUAGACAAAUUGCGUCCGCUACUUAAAGGCACUGACCCUUGUGCCCCUGUUCAUGUCACCCAAGCUCAGCAAGAUGCACUUCAGAAAAUUAUGCAUUGCAUAUCUACAGGAUUUGUCACAAGGAUUGACCCUGAUCUCCCCCUGCAUCUUACAAUUUGGAGUACUGAAGACCACCUACUAGGAGCUGUUACUCAGCAGUUAAAGAAAACGGGAGACAGCAGUACUGGAAUGGCUGUCACCUCCAUUGCAACAAAGAAAAACUACAACUUCAAAAAUCGAAAAUUUGGCAUUGCUGAUCAAAAAAGGACGCAUCCGCAUUUUGGAAAUCAGUGGCCUGGAACCAACGGACAUUAAUCUGCCCAUAGAAAAGGCCACGUUAGAUUGGUACCUUUUAAACUCCACAGCCCUGGCUGAAGCAUUAUGAUCGUCUGCAGCACAAAUCAAUACCGGUCCCAUUAUACCGAAACCUUUGCGAUGGCUAGGAGAAUGGAGCUGGCUACAGAAACCCCUCAGAGAAGACAGGCCCAUUCCAGAUGCCACUACGGCUUUCACAGACGCUGGAAAACGCUCCAGGAAGGUGGCAGUAGUUGGAAAAAGGGACAACAAUGGCAUCAACAAAUAUUAGAGGCAAAAUCAGACGACAAUUUGCAGACUGGAGUUGUUGGCAGUCAUUUGGGCUGUAACUAACUUGCAUGAACCGUUGAAUGUUGUAUCAGACUCGCUUUAUGUUGUGGGGGUAGUAUCAAGGAUUGAGGAUGCUACUAUCAGAGAAGUACAGAAUCAGCGACUUUAUGAACUGUUUCUUCAAUUAAAACGUGCCCUCAGAAAUAGAACUGAACCAUAUUCGGUCAUCCAUGUUCGUAGUCAUAAAUGGGACGAAGGGUUAGGAGAAGGAAACACCAAGGCUGAUAAGCUAGUCUCGCUUUCUCAUCAAACAGUACUUCCUAGGCAGUCAUAGGCACGGGAAAGCCAUGCUAUUUUCCAUCAGAAUGCUAAAGGCAUGUCGAAAGAAUUUCAGAUUCCCUUAGAAGAAGCUAGAGCUAUAGCCAAAGCUUGUCCAAUUUGUAGUAAUCAAAACAGAGGCAUGGGUCUGGGUGUGGGAGUCAAUCCAAGGGGCCUGCAUGCUAAUGAGAUAUGGCAGAUGGAUGUUACUCAUGUACCUAGCUUUGGCCGCCUUAAGUAUGUCCAUGUGACUAUAGAUACUUAUAGUCAUUAUAUAUGGGCUACUUCACAGGCUGGCGAAUGGGCUAUACAUGUAGAAUGGCACCUGCACAGUUGUAUUGCUGUCAUGGGAACCCCGCAGAAAAUCAAAACAGAUAAUGGUCCAGCCUACUGUAGCAAGCGUAUAGCUCGUUUCAUGCAGUUUUGGAACAUUGCUCAUGUAACAGGGAUUGCCAACUCACCUACUGGACAAGCAAUAGUGGAAAGAGCAAAUGGAACCCUUAAACAGUAUUUGGAAAAAUAUUCUGACAUUAGUAGCAUACAGGAUAGACUACUUAAAUGUUUGUUUGUGCUUAAUCAUUUAUGUAUUUUUGGAAACAGUGAGGUGACGCCUGUGAUUUCUCAUUUUUCCCCGUUGAAACAGCCUGGGCCUGAAGCGAUGGUCAGGUAUCGGGACCCGAAGACAGGAAUCUGGCAAGGCCCAGCUAAGGUUGUAUAUUGGGGCAGAGGCUACUUAUGUGUUUCUAUGCCAACAGGCACUUUGUGGGUCCCUGCAAGGUGGACGCGACCAGCGGUUGUUGAUGAACAGUCCAGAGCAGAGGAGGAAAUACCGCCUGCAGAAAGUGCUGGCACCGAUCCUGCGAGAAGUUGAGGGGGAAUUUAAUACCAAGUUUUUAUACGGAACUGAACGAGAAGUAGCUGAAACGCUACUCCCAGUUUUACAGAGAGACUUUUUACGCCAUUGCCAAACUGCUUGCUUAGCUUGCUUUGCACAUAAUCACCAAGCGUUAAGUCUAAGACAGUUGCACAAUGUGUGGAAUACUACUAUACCUGGAAGAAAAUCUUGCAUUUGGGACGAAAACACAGAACGCGCUUAGAGAAGAAAAGAGAUGAAUACUUGACAAGUGGAGAAGAGGAAGUGUUAGAGGAAGAUGAGGAGAUGGAAGAAGACAGAAAAGAAGAAAGGGAAAUGCAGAAGUCACCUGACCCACCAGCAAUCUCUCUUGUUGGACCUAUAGAUCUACCUGCUGUUCAGGGUCUUUCACUGUCUUCAUCCUUCUUCAUCUGUGAAAUGCCAAACUGUGGCGCUGUGUUCAGUUCCCGACAAGCGCUGAAUGGCCACGCUCGCAUUCACGGAGGUACAAACCAGGUGACAAAAACACGGUGCACCAUUCCCGGCACGAAGCAGAAAUCUGGUACACAGAGCAGAUACUGCUCCAUCAAGAGCUCACCUGCCCACAGCACAACAAGCGGCGAGACCGACCCAAUGACAAUUUUUCCUUGCAAGGAGUGUGGCAAGUUCUUUUUCAAAAUCAAAAGCCGCAAUGCUCAUAUGAAGAUUCACAGACAACAAGAAGAACAGCAAAGGCAGAAGGCAACGGUGCUUGGUGUAAUAUAACAUUCCCUACGGAUAUUACCCCGCAACAGUAAAAUUGGCAAAAUCACUCCUUUUGCUGUCACUCUAUAGCUCAAAAAGAAACAGACCCAGCCCCAGGUACAACAAUUCCUCGCCGAUUGCCACCCAGAAUCUUUUUAAUCUGUUGGGACAGAGCAUUCAGCGGCAUUCCUCAACGGCCCACCGGAGGCCCUUGCACGUUUGGGCGUCUCACAAUAGCACUCCCUAGCCAGAGCACUGUAUUAGGCCUAUAUAGCAAUACCAGCCAGGUAACCACCACACGAUGAAAGCGCUCAACCAUUGAUGCUUCCUGUGACGAUAACGUCAACUUGUUUAAUUGCGCGGAGCAAGUGGUUGCCUCUCUUUUUAUGCCCAGCCUUGCUGCAGGACAUGCUUGUUUUCAGUUAGAGAAGUUACAAUGUUGGGUAGGCAAGCGAGCCAAUGCCACGUCUGAGCUAUUAAGUUUACUGGCCACAGACAUAGACACCGUAAGACAUGCAACAUUGCAAAAUCGGGCAGCUAUUGACUUUUUAUUGUUGGCUCAUGGGCAUGGGUGUGAAGAUUUCGAAGGAAUGUGCUGUAUGAAUUUUAAAAUCAGUUCCGAAUCUAUUCAUAAGAAAAUUCAGCAUUUGCAACAACAUGUUCAGGUGUUACAGAGGGAUGAUACAUUUUUUGGAUUAUCAUUUGAAUCAUGGGGAAUCACGGGUUGGCUUAAAUAUUUGCAGCUUAUGAUAAUAGGAUUGUUAGUUAUAGUAAUUUUAAUGCUUGUAUUGCCGUGUGUAUUUCAGUGCUUGCAAAGGACUUUAAUGUCAAUUAUAGAACAAAAAUGGAACACAUCCUUGCUUGCUUAUAAAGAAAACAGGGGAAGUGGAGAGAGUUUAUCUGAAGAAUGGCUGCGCAGCAAGGGACACGACAUUUUUAAGUUGAUGAGAGUGUGAGAGUACGUGACUUUUAGCAUGAAAACUAUGCCCUUAAACAACAGAUGUCUCGUAACAACCUUGAGCAACAGAUGUCUCGUAACAGCCAGGAUGUGAAAUUGCUUGGUGUGCAGAAAGAUAAUUAAGUAUAAGGAAGCAGUAACCGCAAGGCUUAUCGCAAAAAGAUAUAUGUGUUAAUAGAAAGGUUACCAAUCCUGAGCUUCGCUUUUGCAAUAUGUAUGAGCUAAUUAGUGCUUGUAUAAAGAAACUGUGAUCGACUGCAAUAAACUGAGACUUGUUGAUCAUGAUAGCAUGA